AUAAAUAUACACGCCCACUCUCCCCUUUCCGUUCCAAGUUUUCUCGUCUCUCUUUCUCUCUCCUACAACUCUAUAAACACUAACUCACAUCAUCACCAAUUUCAUCAUUUCAUUCCCAUUUUUCAUUCCCAUUUUUCAUCUUUCCACUACCACAACCAGAUUAUUGUAUUUCAUAAACAUAUUAAUCCAACAUUAAGAAACGAAUUAAGCAUGUUGAUGAUUCGGAGAAACAGGCUAAGUAUAUGUCUGUUUAUUGUUGCGUUAACCACAAUUAUUAAACAUGCAUAUUGUGAUUGUUCUUCAACAAACGUAACUCGAAAGAGUUUCCCAAAGAGCUUUGUAUUUGGCACUGCAUCUUCUGCAUAUCAGUAUGAAGGAGCUGUAAAAGAGGACGGCAGAGGACCCUGCGUCUGGGAUACAUUUGCACACAGAUUGGGAAAGGUCAUUGAUUUCAGUAACGCUGAUGUCGCAAACGAUCAUUAUCAUCGAUACCUUGAAGAUGUAAAACUUAUGAAAGACCUAGGAGUCAGUGCAUACAGGUUCUCUAUAUCUUGGACCAGGAUCUUCCCAAAUGGAACCGGCAAAAUUAAUCAGGCCGGAGUUGAUCAUUACAACAAUUUAAUCAAUGCCUUACUAGCUAAUGGAAUUCAACCAUAUGUGACAAUGUUUCAUUGGGACACACCUCAAGCAUUAGAGGAUGCAUACAAAAGUUGGCUUAGCCAUCAAAUCGUAAACGAUUUUGGGGCGUAUGCAGAAACUCUGUAUCAGAAGUUUGGGGACAGGGUUAAGCAUUGGAUAACGUUAAACGAGCCCCACACGGUGGCAGCUCAAGGCUAUGAUAUUGGCAUCUUCGCUCCAGGGCGAUGCUCCAUCCUCCUUCACCUGUUUUGCAGGGCAGGGAAUUCUGCUACUGAGCCAUACAUUGUUGCCCACCACUUGCUUCUUGCUCAUGCUACUGCUGUCAAUAUUUACAGGACAAAAUACCAGAGAAAACAACGUGGAACAAUUGGAGCAGCAUUUGACGUAAUGUGGUAUGAGCCCGCGACAAACACAACAGAAGACAUUGAAGCAGCUCAAAGAGCCCAAGAUUUUCAGCUUGGCUGGUUUCUCGAUCCAUUGAUGUUUGGGGACUAUCCAAGUUCAAUGAGGGAGCGAGUUGGGGAUCGUUUGCCAAAAUUUUCUGCAGCAGAAUCAUCUCUUUUGAAAGGGUCUCUAGAUUUUGUUGGCAUAAAUCAUUACACUACAUAUUAUGCAAGAAAUAACAAGACUAAUAUUAUUGGGUUUCUACUCAACGAUGCUCUUGCUGAUUCUGGCACCAUAACUCUUCCAUUUGGUCAUGACGGGAAACCUAUUGGAGAAAGGGCUAAUGCAAUAUGGUUGUACAUUGUACCUCGGGGGAUGAGAGAAUUGAUGAAUUACAUCAAGCAUAAAUAUGGAAAUCCCAUUGUUUUCAUUACUGAAAAUGGAAUGGAUGAUGGGAAUAGUAUCUUCAAAUCCUUAGAAGACGCGCUUAAAGAUGAGAAAAGAAUUCGAUACUUCAAUGGCUAUCUUGAAAAUCUAGCUGCAGCUAUCAAAUUGGAAUUAGACCUGGGCAUGGACCAGGCUUGUUCACGGGCUCGAGGAAAUGGCGGGUCGGGCUUAAAAUUUUCAGAUUUUGUCCACGGCCCGGCCCAGGCCUAGGGGCCCGCGGGACGGGCUCGUGCCUCCUGCGGGCCUGACCCGUGUUUUAUGUUAUUUUUUUGUAUUUUUGACAGUUUUAGGCUAAAAAAGAAAGGAAAUGAACCUUCGCCCCACAGGCCGGCCCAUGCGGACUCGUGCCUUUGCGGGCCUGAAAUAAAACUUCUUGACCGUGACAGCCCACGACCCAUGUAGCAUGGUCGGGCCGGGCCGGCCCCCGUGCUGUCCCGGCCCAUGCACACCUCUAAAUUUGGAAUUGGUUAUAUGGUUUUUCAACUGUACUUGUAAUCAUGCUAAGCAAUACUUUUUCUGUAAUUUCUUCACUAAUGCAUUUUUAGAAUGAGAAAUUAAAUGUCCCGUCAAAACAAAAAAAAAAAAGAGAUAUGAAGUGAUCAAAUCAAUUC